UUGUUGUCUCAUGAUUUUGACCAAUAAGCAGUGAUGAGAAUAUGUCUAAAUGGUUGAUAAAAGUGAAGAAUAUUACUUCCUCUAAUACCUUCUCCAUGAAAUGUGAGUUCAUUCCCUCCCAGAAACAUUUACUCUUACAGUCUUAUUUAGGUAGUUUCUUUAACCUCUCUUUGCCAUUAUUAAUAAAAAAAUAUUUAUGAUUGGUUCCUUUCACCAUGCUGUUUACAACCGAACAGCAACAGCUCUUGAAAAGUUGAUCUGAACCCUUUUUUUCCCAGCCAUCUAAGCUGAGCAUUAUUGCCCACAAUUGUGUGCCCUCUCUGUCCCCAAUCACCUGGUUGUCCCCGAUUCAACCUUCUCUCCUUGUUUUUAACACUUGUACAAUGUGUAGGAUGAAGAAGACAUUUUAACUAUACAACCUGUAUACAAGUGAAAUAAGGAGCCAGGAAUCCAUUGAGUCUGUAUAAAAGGGAAGGUAUAGCAUACAUAUAAUUACUUGUGACAAAGAACUUUCUGGAUUUACUGAAGUAUGAAAAUAUGCAUGGAUUUUUCCCUCUGCAGGUUGUGCAAUAUUUUGUACUUUAUUAGAUGCCUACACAAGAUAAUGGAAUGUCAGAUUUUGUGUAGAUACAAACCCAUACUCUUAGCAAAAUAAAAUUUUAUCAAUGUUAACUGCAUGGUUCAGUGAUUAUGAUACUUACAUACAUAACCCCCCCAUUACAGUUCUUUAACUAAACUUGUGUGUAGUUUCUAUAUCCUGUCGCAUUUUGUUUAUAUAAAAUUUCAUUACUUAGAAGAGACAUCUUAGAUUACUUUCCAAUACAUUAAAAAGCAUGACUACAUCUUAUAUCAUUAUUUUAGUAGUUCGGUAGUAUUGAGUAUCUUCCUCUACAGACUUCUUGACAUGAUUUUGAUAUACAUUCACUCACAGCUGUCAAAGCUGUAGUCUGGGUACACUGUUAUGGCUUCCUUGUUCUUUGAAGGUCAUUGUACAGCAGCUGUGCGUGUUAUGCUGAGAAAUUCAGGUGUUCUGUGUGAUGAGCCUGUAGAACACAGACUGUUGGCUAAGGCCAAAAGAGAGAAAAAGCACUAUUUUCCUCAGUGCCUCAUGUAAGUAACUUGGUGGUUUGGCCUACAUAUCUGUAAAUUCUCCUCUUUUACUCGUUUGCUUGGGAGAGUGAAAGCUUGAGUGGCAGGUUGGUGUGACUUCUCUGGUAUUUGACUCAAGCUUGCAGAAGAGCAGCCCAGAGUAUCAGGAAAUGAGCUGGCUGGUUUUUGAAAACAUGUAUGUACUUGUCAAAAUAUUAUUUCUUGGCUAUAUAAUAAUUUUGGGAUCUACUGGUACCUGCUGCCUAUAACCACAGCACAGUCUCAGGAUUUAGGCCUUUAGACCUCUAACUAGUCCUGAUUUACAUAUUUGUAAAAUAACAGUGUUGCACAGACAAAUUUAGCCCCUAUUUUGUUUUUCAUGUUUUUAUGGAUGACAUUUUGAAUUCUAGUGCACUACAAACCUCACAAUGAUCUGCUGACAGCAAAAGAAAGCUAUGAUAUUGAAUUGUGUCCUUGAUAACACCACAAAGUGCAAAGUGACUAAAAAUAGCAUGUAUUUUUAGUAAAAUUUGAGUAAAUUGCAACAGAGCAGCAUUUUCAAAUAUGUUUACCUGCUUUAUGUCCUUCUGACUGUCGUGCUUCAAAAUACAUAAUAAUAAUAAGUUUAGCACAGGAGAAGAAAAAGCAGAAGGAUAUAGGAAACCUUAUGGGAAGAAAGAAAUUGAAGUUUUCCGGUGAAAUUCUUAUUAUGUUGUGUUCUUUUGAUUUGUCACUUAAAUAUUGAAUUACCAGCUGAUUAAUAGCUAUGUGAUAGUAUAUUGAGUCUGAAUUUUUACAUAGAAGAAAAUUAACUUCUGUUUCUUAAAACUGAAUCUUCUCUGCAACAGAAAACACAGAAAAGAGGGAUAAAGCUCAUAAUGUAACUACCUCAGGUGCAAAUGUACUGUGUGUCUUUGAAAAGUAUAAAAAAUGCGUCAAAGCUUGUGAUGAAAUUUUCUAAUAAGCAGGUGUGCAAGAUAAAAUAAUGGCAUGAGACUUGUACCUAUCAUCUAAAGAAUCAGAUGACUCUAAGGGCUGCCUUUUCAAAAAUGUUCUACAGACAGUGGUUUCUUUUUUGUAAAAAUCGGCCAACAUAUGUUCACUGCUAAGUAAACAUGUAGUGCUACACUGGGGCGCAGUUUCUGGGGGCUAAUGCAACUUUGAAUUGAUUAAGUAAUACUGAGUUUUCUGCAAGAUGAAACAAUGGAAGCAAACCUUGAGAUAGUCUGGAAAAAGAAUGGCUCAUAGCUUGGAGAAAUAUUUUUUUAUGCAGUUGAAAAUAAAUUAGCCUUCUUUGUAGUUGAAGGUAGAGCCAUCAAAUCCACUCUGCAAAAUAAAAAAUCUAUAAGUAUUUUGUGAUACUGAGGCAGCUGCCAAAUUAUUAGGUGAAGUCAGUAAGAAAUGGAAAGUAUGCUUUUUGUGGAAACUGUCAAAAACUGUUUUGUGUUAUAAAAUUCCUGCUGCCUGAGUCUAAAAUUUUCUGUUAUGAAUUAAUUACCCAGCUAGUUACUUCUGCUGUAAUUAGUUCUGCAUUAGUGGAACGCAGCACCUAAAUAAAUUAAAAAGGUGAGAAUUCUGCUCUAUUCCACUCUGCUUUUCACAUUCCUUCAGUUCAAAUUUCUAGGAUUAAAAAAAAAAGGCUUCUAAUUUAUUUUUCCUUCACCUGCAAAAUUCACAACACAUCACUUGGAUGAACAUCUGUUUUGUUUUCUCUCUGUACUUAGCACAUAGAUGUGUCUAAUCCACCUCAGCAAUUCCUUUGGCUUCUCUGGUGCUGGCUCUGACUUUUUCCUGCAGCUUAUUUCAGUGGAGUGUGCAGAAAGAUCUCUGUCAGGACUCACUGUGCUGUUAGGUAUUACCUGUUGUAUUUCCUCAAUAGCCAAAAACUGAUAAAAUUUAUCUUGGUUUGACUUCCAUAAGCUCUUAAGAAGGGGGCAUUUUGUAUAAUAUUCAUAAGUUUUUAUUCCCUUUGCAACAACAUUAUUUAUGGUACUUAUUCUUACUUACUUCUCUCUUUUAUAUUAAUUGGGCAGAUUAUCUCCUCAGAUUGAUGGUGUGGGAGCUUUCCUGUACUACUAAAAAUUGAAAGAUUUCUGUGAAUCAUGGCAAUAGCCUUUCCCCAGUUUUCAUUAUUUUGGUUUAGGUAUAUUUUUCCUUAUUAAAUUCAUCAUGCUUUACUACCUGUAAAUGUAGAAGGUAUAAAUCUCACACAUGUUUGUACAUUCUGUAAUGUAAAUAUGUCUGGAAAUGUUGCAGUGUCACUGCAAAGUGCAUCAAUUCUACCACCUUAGUAACUAUUACAACAACUAAAUAAAAGAAGAUAAAUGAACAAUUAGAUGUUUUAUAUGCAGUGUCCUACUAGAGGAGCAGAAGAGGACAUAAAUAUUAUUUAUAGAUAAAGAAUGAUAGGAGUUAUUAUAACAGUGUUUUAAUUUUAUUAUAAUUUAACGGUGUUUAUUUCUAGUCUUAUACAGUUAUAGAAGAAGUUUCUGAAAUUUCCACAGAAACAAUAUUGAGUCAUUGCUGAGAUAAGUAACAUUUACAGCUGCCUAAAUUUAGACUGUGCAACCCUGUUUGUGUAGCUCCUCAUCUCUGGAAGGUUGUCUGGUAUUUCUUAGUUAAUGGAAAUAUCUUUAAUACUACCAGUGAGAUACUGCUCAAAAUCCAGGCAGAUUUACCAUUGUAAACUAUGCUUGGAAGAGAUGUGUAACUGUCAAAGGAGCUGCCUGGCCAUGUAUAGUGAUGGGAUUAUGCAGAUAUGUCUCUGCUUGUUGCUAAAGGUUCACAAGGCUCUCAUGAGACUAAAGUAUAAAGAAAACCAUUGAUAUACCAGCACAAAAAUCAAAGAAUAGUCCAAUAACAAUCACAACAAAGAGAAGCAGCUACCAUAGUCAGAGUAACUGAAGAGAACAAUUGUAAACCUUGUUACUGAACAGAGAGACUGAAGGAUGAGUGAAAAUAAUAGUUUCCAGGGAAUAUAGGCAUAUUGAUGUGAGUAGGAAACAGCUCCUGCCAGGAUUUGUCACCAAUUACUUUUCCCCUGUGCUGUAAGGGAGAACCCUAUUGCUCUAUUUAAUUAUUCAGAACUACGAUAUUGCUCUCCCCUAGUUUCUUCAGAAAGGGCUUAGGGAAAAAAACCUAACCUUUGUAGAAUACCUCUGUAUGCAGUAAGUAAAACAAGCUGUUAGCUCUUGGUAUGAUCUGAGAGAUGUUUCCAAAUAAAUUCUUUUUAUUCAGAUUUUCAUUUUUAAUUGGGUAGCCAAAAAAAAAAAAAAAAAAAAAAAAAAAAAAAAAAAAAAAAAAAAAAAAAAAAAAUAACCAGCACUUUUUGCCAUAUAUAUCACAAAUAUUGUAAAUUUGAUGACAACAGCUGCAGAAUUUUGUGUCCUCUCUAAGUAAACUUUAUAUGCCAAUAUAAUAACAUCAUACAGCCAAGUGGGCACAUUCAAAUCAUACCAUCAUUUAUCUAAGUUUUUUUGAAUUCUUGGUCAUAUGGCUCCUUAUGGAGUUUGUCACCUUUGAUGGGAAUAAUUCAAGCACCUAUAGCUCAGAACUGCCCCCUAAAAAUAUACUAGUGGUUCAAAGAAUAAAAAUAUCACAGAAUCAAUAAGGCUGGAAAAUACCCCUAACACUGAGUCCCACCUUUGACUGAACACCACCUUGUCAACCGGACGUGAUACCAAGUGCCACAUUCAGUCUUUCCUUAAGCACCUCCAGGAAUGGUGACUCCACCAGCUCCAGGUGCACUCAUUCCUAUGACUAAUCACCCUUUCUGUGAAGAAAUUCCUCCUAAUGUUUAACCUGAAUCUCCCCAGCUGCAGCUUGAGACUAUAAAAAUGGAUUUGGGGAAUUUAUUUUUAAACUAGGAAAAACACCUGCUGUAUGAUUUUUAGAUGCUGAAAGAUUGGUAACACAGGUAUAAAUGACAAAGGAAAUGCUUAGCAGCCAAGAAAGCCAGAAUUCAAGCAGAAGAGUAGUAAUGGGAAUAUCUACACAAAAACAAAUGUGAGAAGCAUUCAAAAAUUUCCAUGAAUUGGUUCAUUGGAAAAUACUGAAUUACUGAAGAAAAAUUACUAAAUGUGAAAUAAGAAAACAUCCAAUCACUUCUCUGAUUUUUAUUGUUGGUAUUUGGGAUAUGUUAAAGGCAAAUUUCACAAUUCUCCUCAUGAAAGCUGCAUGAAUGGACAAGUACUAUUUUAUAAAAUAUUUACAAUGCAUCUCACAUGACAUUAGGGCACUGAAAGACAGACAAUAAUCAAAAACGUGCACUGAGGACAUGUGAAUACUGUAAUUCAGAGGGGAUGUGUUUUGCAGCACUUUUCCUCUCAAAGAACCUCCCUUUGAAGUUGAUUAGCACUCUGCUCCUCAGAGGAGUUUGGGAUGCUGUUGCUGGCACCCGAUGUGGGUGUCAGCAAGUGAUGAAAAAUGUUUACUUAAAUGGCCAUCAGUAUUUGUGUCAAAAUCUUAAUCUUUGCCUUUGAUAGUGUUCAACAGUGAUCCAUAGCAAGGACAUAAAAGUUUGUUCAGAUUUCCCUCAAGGAAUGUGAAAUACUCUGAACUCCGUGAGGCUGUAAUGAGAUGGAAAAUUUCUGCAAGUUUCAGUGGUUUUAGGCCACAAUUCAUAUAUGGUGUCAUGACUCAGAGGAAAAUGGGGAUGACCAGAAGGAUGUUUUUGAUGGAACUGGGAAGAAGAAAAGGUUUCAGAAUAGAAAGUGAGCUAAGUGAAUCUGUCACUCAUAUUGUGGCUGAGAACAACUCUUACCUGGAGGUGCUGGACUGGCUGAAACAGCAGGCUGUGGGUGACAGCUCUAGGUUUGAGCUCCUGGACAUCUCCUGGUUCACAGCCUGCAUGGAGGCAGGAAGACCAGUUGAUUCAGAAAUGAAGUAUCGUCUCAUGGAGCAAUCCCAAUGUCGUCCUCUGAAUACACCUGAAUUGGAAAUGCCAGCACUUAUUGCAACAAAAUUAUCUCAGUAUUCAUGCCAGAGGAAGACAACUUUAAAUAACUACAACAAGAAAUUCACGGAUGCCUUCGAGGUAAUGGCUGAAAAUUAUGAAUUCAAAGAAAAUGAAAUAUUCUCCCUGGAAUUUUUAAGGGCAGCUUCAUUGCUGAAAUCUCUUCCAUUUUCAGUAACCAGUAUGAAAGAUAUACAAGGGUUGCCCUGUGUGGGAGACCAAGUCAGAGAUAUCAUUGAGGAGAUUAUUGAAGAAGGAGAGAGUUCUAGAGUUAAAGAAGUGCUAAAUGAUGAGCGAUACAAGGCGUUUAAGCAAUUUACUUCAGUCUUUGGAGUGGGAGUGAAGACAUCUGAGAAAUGGUACAGAAUGGGUUUGAGAACUGUGGAAGAGGUAAAAGCUGAAAAGACCCUGAAGCUGUCAAAAAUGCAGAAAGCAGGGAUUCUCUACUAUGAGGACCUUGUUAGCUGUGUCUCUAAGGCAGAAGCAGAUGCAGUAAGCUUGAUUGUCAAGAAUACUGUGUGUACAUUUCUACCAGAUGCUUUAGUUACCAUAACUGGUGGUUUCAGGAGGGGUAAGAAUAUUGGACAUGACAUAGAUUUUUUGAUCACCAAUCCAGGACCAAGAGAAGAUGAUGAACUUCUGCAUAAAGUUAUUGACUUAUGGAAAAAGCAGGGCUUACUCCUGUAUUGUGAUAUCAUUGAAUCAACAUUUGUAAAGGAGAAGCUGCCAAGCAGAAAAGUUGAUGCCAUGGAUCAUUUUCAGAAGUGUUUUGCAAUUUUAAAAUUAUAUCAGCCAAGAGUAGACAACAGCACUUGCAACACAUCAAAAAAAUUGGAAAUGGCAGAAGUCAAAGACUGGAAGGCAAUCCGUGUGGAUCUGGUCAUAACCCCCUUUGAGCAAUAUUCAUAUGCUCUGUUAGGUUGGACAGGCUCCAGGCAAUUUGGACGUGAUUUGCGGAGGUAUGCUGCACAUGAAAGGAAGAUGAUCCUGGAUAACCAUGCACUGUAUGACAGGAGAAAGAGGAUCUUUCUCAAAGCUGGAAGUGAGGAAGAAAUCUUUGCACAUCUUGGCUUGGAUUAUGUCGAACCAUGGGAAAGGAAUGCUUAAAAUUAUUUGCCAGUGUACAUUCAUCAGUUGACUGCAAUGAUCUUUCUGCCCACCUUGCAGUCUGGUAUAGUUAUAUAUACAUAUAUAAUAAGUAUUUUUAUGACAACAAAAAAAUGAAAUAAGUAUUAGAAGCCACUUGCACGUGGUAAUGUUCCUAGAAGACAAGACUUUUAAGUUUUUCAAAAUCUUUUCCAGUCCUUUCUGGUUUUGAAUUUUCUAUGUGGGAGUGAUAAGACAGAGCUUGUUUUGGGGGGAAAACUUGUAACUGGUGAAAUUUUUGCUUAUGAUAGGAAUUUAACACUAGUAUGAACAAUACUUGUUUUUUAAAAUAGUCAGCUACAAUACGUAAAUAAUUCAAAACAUUUGAGCUGAGUCAAAACAUUACUGAAAUGUAUGCUGGUCUUUAACUGAAUUUCUUAUGUAUUUUGCUGAAUCCAUGUAUAAAAUUGUUCUGUAUAUAAGGCUUAAUGACCUAGGCAGUAACUACUUUGCAGUCUCAGCAACUUGAGGCUUCAGCUGUAAUAUUUUCCCAGGUAGGGCACCAUUCUACAAAAACUAUAAACAAGUUCAUAAUUCAGUGAGAGUUAAAAAACAUUUCACAGGAAGGGAUUUUGAAUGGAAAAGUGGAAUAACUCAGUAGCAAUCUUCAAUUUUUUAGAAAAACACCAUAAAUUUAUAGUACUGAUUUGGACUAAAGAGGAGUCAGGUUAUGAGGUGUAAUGGUCCUCAGUCAGGAAUUUGAAUCAUAACCUACAUGAAAACAAUAUUUUUAAGUGCCAGGCUGGUUACUGCUCCAAGACAAAAGAUUUCAAUUAUCUGUGCUCAAUUUAGAUAGAUGGAAAUUUAUUUAUUAGUAAGUGUGAAUGCAUUUACUUGAGCUGUUGGGCUAUUGGCUGCUCUAGAGUAUUCCAUGUCUUUAGUCAGAAAUUCAUACAGGAUGUAAGAGGCUUUCUGAUAAAAGCCCUACGAAAUAUUUUGGUUUCAGAAAAUGUCUAGGUAGCUCUUUUGACCAUAAUGACAGUGAAGGAUUUGCAAUACAUUUAUCCUUUAAUAAACAGGAGCAUUCAGUGCUUUAGAAAAUAAAGUUAUUUACUGAUCAUUUUUCAUUUGGGAAUAAAGGUGAUUAAGAAUA